AUGAAGACGAGUAACACACGAGCACGCAAGAACAGCGGUGUUCAUGGUGCUGUUAUGCUUAAGGGCUGCACAAAGUGGCGCCCUACCAAAACGCCAGCUUUGGACCAACCUCCGUUUGGCACACCAAAGCAUACCAAGUCAACCAAAUCAGCCAAAUCAACCAAAUCGACUAAAGCGACUAAAUCAACCAAAGUGUCAUCGAAGCCUUAUGCUACCGCGAGCGGCUUCACUACAGUGACUACUAACUCGGCUCUCUCGACGAUCACGCCAAUCUCAUCCGGCACUACCAAGAAAUCGACAGCUGUUUCUUCAUCCAGGGCUACAGCAAGUGCUUCUACCUGUGCGAGCGAGUUCAACAAGCGAGAGGAGGAGGAGGACGAUGAGUGUACACCUUGUGAAGGACAAUCGGGCUCGCUCCCGUACUGCGGCGCCGAUGUCAACACCGACCAUUAUCAAUUCACACCAAAGACAUGUCGCACAGUCUACUACGAAUUCGACAUCACAAACGGUACUGUCGCGCCAGACGGCUUUGAGAGAAUCGCCUUCUUAAUCAACGGACAGAUGCCGGGACCGACGAUCGAAGCCAAUUGGGGCGACACCGUUGUUCUGAAAGUUAAUAACAAAUUGACAGUUAACGGCACAUCUGUGCACUUCCACGGAAUUCGCCAGCUGAACACUGUGGAGAACGAUGGCGUGCCUUCUAUCACGCAAUGCCCUAUUGCGCCGGGUGAAUCGUUCACGUACAAGUUUGUUGCGACCAACUACGGAACUUCGUGGUAUCACAGCCACUACGCGAUCCAAGCAUGGAUGGGUGUUUUUGGACCUAUGGUAAUACAUGGACCGACAUCUAAAGAGUAUGAUGUCGACGCCGGGACCAUCUUCCUCAACGACUGGUCGCAUGAGACCGUAGAUUCACUAUACGAUGCGGCGCAAGACUCCGUCAACGGCGGACCUCGUAUCAUGGACAAUGGCUUGAUCAACGGAAUGAACACUUGGGGUGUGCAAGGCAGCUCUAACCAGACCGGGCAGCGGUUCGAACUUCCUACCCAACUUGAACCCGGAAAGACGUACCUCUUCCGUAUCAUCAACGGCGCGAUACAAUCAUCUUACAAAUGGUACAUCGAUGGUCAUAAGCUCCAAGUAAUUGGCAUGGACUUCACCAGCAUUGUACCUUACGAGACGGACAUCAUCAGCAUCAACAUCGGCCAAAGAUACAUGGUUCUUGUGAAGGCCGAUCAACCAGCGGGAGACUACUGGAUGCGAGCGGACAACCAGAACGCCUGCGACGAGACCACCCAAGCCGACGACAUCAAAGCCAUCGUGCGCUACUCUGGUAGCGACUCCAAGUCCGUCCCUACCACAACGAAGUACAACUACACUGGAGAAUGCGUCGACGAGCCGCUGUCCUCGCUUGUGCCGGUCGCAAAGCUUAACCCUACAAGCAGCGACGUCGAGUUCGUCGAAGACGUCACCCUCAGCACUGUAGAUAACCUUUUCAAGUGGUAUCUCAGCGGCACAACAUUCAUGUCGCACUACGAAGACCCCACGCUCGUGCGCAUCCUCGCCAACGGCACGGCCCCAACCUACGCAGGCGACCUCGUCCUCUCCCUCCCCGAGAUGGGCAAAUGGGUUUACAUCAUCGUGGAAUCCGCCAUCCCACUACCCCACCCGAUCCACCUUCACGGCCACGACUUCUUCAUCCUUGCUGCGGGCAAUGGAACAUACUCCAAAUCCACGCCUCUCAACUUCAACAACCCGCCGAGGAGAGACACCGCGAUCAUGCCCGCAGCAGGGUUCUUGGUGUUGGGGUUCUUGACGGACAAUCCGGGAACCUGGUUGAUGCAUUGCCAUAUCGGAUGGCAUACCAGCGAAGGGUUUGCGCUGCAGAUUGUGGAGGGCUUGGAUAUGAUUGAAGGGACGGUCAAAGACAAGUGUGGAUUGUACGAUACCUGUGCGAAGUGGGAUGAUUGGGUGGAGAGCGUGGCAUUCUACCAGCAAGAUUCGGGGGUUUAG